ACCUCGGUUGAUUCAUUUUAAUAUAUUUGUCGUUAGUUAGAAGGGAAAACUGUAUUCGAUAUUUUCCUGUUGAUUGAACUGUAAAGCUAACAUUCGCUGUGUUAGCUGUCGGAUAUUUAUCAACUAACUUGGCUAACGUUGACAUACUAGUUCUACACGUAAGCUAUGAAGGUCGGUUGCACUCUCUGCAUUGCAGUAUUUGCCAAGAGGCUGACUGGCAUCCCGUGUGAUGGUCAAUAUGGGCUCCGUCGAUUUCAACUUGGAACUGCAUGUGGAGAAGAUUCUUAACGGAGAAGGGAUGGAGGUCACGGGAAUUGAUUCGGCUCCCGAACAAAUAAAACCAGUGACUUUGAGGAAAACAGUUUGCUACAUUGUCAGCGCACUGAUCUUCAAUUGUAAGAAAGAGAUAUUGAUGGUUCAGGAAGCUAAGCAGGAGUGCUAUGGUCGUUGGUAUCUGCCAGCUGGGCGUAUGGAAGAAGGCGAGAGCAUCGAGGAGGCGAUGAAGCGGGAGGUGAGAGAGGAGGCAGGCCUGGAGUGCCAGCCCAUCUCGCUCAUCCAGGUGCAGGAGCAAGGUCCUCAGUGGGUCCGCUUCGCCUUUCUGGCCGAGGUCACAGGAGGUACGCUGAAGACAGAGGCCCAGGCAGACGCCGAGUCUCUGCAGGCGUGCUGGUGGGACAGAGAGUCCCCUCUCCCCCUGCGCGGCCGUGACAUCCUGUCUCUGAUCGAGUCGGGGCUGCGCUACCAGGAGAAGCCCUGGUUCGCGCCCGUGCUGCCCCUGGAUCUGCCCUGCCCCGUGGUGUGCCAGCGCCUGGUGCUGUCCUUCGCCGCGGGCAUCUACGUCUGGCUCCUGGUGAGCAAGGGCCCCCAGGGCGCCAAGGCCGUGAGCGGCCGCAGCGUCAGCAGCGAGGAGGAGGAGCGGAGCCGGCAGAGGAGGAGGAGCAGCGAGCUGGCGACGGACCCGACGGACGUUCACCUCCCGGUGGCGCUGUCCACCAAGACGCACACGGUGACGUGGGCGGCCCACCGGCUGGUGCAGGAGUGCAUGCCGUCGUGCUACUACGACCUGGACGUCAACACGCACGGCCUGCUGAGCGUGCAGCACGGCGGACGCGCGCCGGGCAAGACGGACGGCCUGUGCUUCAACACGCUGGUGUCGCUGACGCUGGAGCGCCGCGGCGGCGGCGGCGCCGGCCCACCCACGGAGCCCGGGGGCGAGCCGGCCAACCCGCCGCCCGUGGAGACGGACCAGUACCACUGGUACAAAGUGGACAGCCCCGUCCUGAGAGACAACAUCCUGCGCCGGAUCAGGCAGGGCUCCACGCUGCCCGUGCUGAGUUUGUACUGAGAGGGAAGCGGAAGUGAGACUUACAUGGAAAAAAAACACUUGCUUCUGAGAAAUACCUUCUGGUCCUCGGCUCUUUCGAGGGCUGAUGUUUUAUUUUAAGGGCACAAAGCAAAGGGCGCAGGAGCCUAUGGAGGAAGUACAUACAGAAAGCUAUGCAAAAGCUAUGCCUGUUUACUUGACGUAUGAGCUCACAGGAAAGCCAUAUCAGAAACAGUCUUCCUUUAUGCACUGUGAUGCAAUGUUGCUGGGGGACAGAAUGAAGGGCAUGAUGUUGUACAGGGUCUCCCUUCUUGCUGAGCAGGGGCAGACGUGGUGUUCAUUUUAAUCUGGGCACCUUGAGUGAGUUUGGAAGGACUGGGAUGGUUAUGGAUGUUAGGAAUGAAAAACAAGCCACUAUCUACUUUUCAACAGAUCGCAGAUGUUGAAAUUGUUGCAAGGGCAUUAUGACGAACAUGCACAUGGCCACUUCAAUGCAGGUAUGACUGAGGGGCUGCAUUUAAAAAUACUUGAAUUUUAAGGAUGAGUAUCUGUAAUGUAAAGUAUGAUGAGUGCAUGGGAUAAGCAAUAUUUAUACACCAUGCAAGUUGCAGGUUAUUGCAUGGUAUGGUAUUACCAUUUAAUAUUUAGUCGUAACUGAAGAACCCACCCUCAGUACAAUGCUGUAUUUACUCAUCACAUAUGAAGUAUAAGUUAGGAUAAGAGUUAGGAUAAGUUUUACUGUGUAAGAUAAGGAAAUUAUAUCAGCAGUUAAGUCAGACCCAUAUGUAAUUAGUAAUUUAUUAAUGUGUACUACCGAGUGUACUGUACCAUUCAAGUUAUUUCUCUUCUGAUAGAAGAAAAAGAUGAGAAGUUAAAAAGAAGUAUUUUUGCAGUAAAUGAAUAAUUUCCGAGUUAACACAAUUCUAGGUACGAUUAAACGUACUACACUGAUUUAUAAUAAAUCAACAUUUAUAAUGUAAAUGAAUAAAUGUUGAAAUAACUUAAACUUACUAGUCUUUUCACUUCAUUUAUUUUAUUUAUCUUAUUCUCAUCGGUAGAGGAAAAAAAAGUCUGUGUGUGUAAAUGAGUUUGUAGUUAGAUAAAACUAUGGUUUCAUUGUGGAAUUUCAGCAUAUCAUGAUUUAGUUUUUCUUCCCACUGAUAAUAAGUACAAGCCCAUCUCUGGCAUAGCUCAAGCAAGUAGGCAAUAUGCUUUUAGUGUACUGUUCAUUUUGCACCAGUGCAGUGAUAAUUCUAGCAAAGAUCACUCGGGAAGUAAAGUGAUGCAAUGUAAUCUGGCGCCCUCUGCUGGUCAGAAUAUUCCACAACCACUGUAUGAACGGUCAUGAAAUUUCGCUAGUUAGACAACGGAGUUGAAAAAAAAAAAAAAAAAAAAACUAAAAGGAAUGCAAGCAGAUGGGUCACAUUUAUGGUUCUUUAGAAUAUUUUUGCACCUCCACCACUGAGAGAAAAUACCAGGUGUAUCUCAAAGCGGUCUUCUGCCGCUGAGCUUCACUGCUUGAUUUGUGACUCAACAUUAGCUCAUGGAGCUGGAUUACUACCAAGACAUCUUAACUCCAAGCUGCACUGACUGAAAUUUUAAACUGUUGUGUCAGUCUGGCCUGACAUCGCCACAACCACAAAUCAAUGCAGGCUUAAGUGUUCUCUUAAGCUUGGAAACAGUAACUGGGUCAAGAACAUCAAUUUGCUGCAGCAUACACAUUUUGUUCAUGUUUGGGAUUUGGGGAUCUGUUCUUUGGAACACUUUUCAUUCACCAGACAGAAGAGUAAUUCCUUGUAGUAAAACUCUCAAAAUCCUGGUUUUCCCCCUUUAAACUUAAACAGGAUUAGGAAUAGUACACGUUUUCAC